UAUGAUGUUGACACGAUGGAGAGCAGAUAAAGGGAUUUAUAGAAGACAUUUUUGGUGUUUUGGUUCUAUAUAAUAAUUGUAAAACACAUUAUGCUCCAUUUUGUCUUGUUAAUAUAUUUCCAAUAUAAUAUUGACAACAUAUACAUUCCUCUUUUUUCAAUGUUACAGAGGUUCUUACUUUAGGCCCUGACUUAUUUUCAUGGAAAACUUGUCAAGAAAACUGAAACAAAAUGUGUUUUGUGAAUAACAAACUAAAUCUUUUGAUUAAGGUCAUUUGAGUGACAUUCACCUAAAACCAGUGUAUACAACUGCAUUCACUUCAAAUCCCUGUAGAUUGGGAUUUUUUUAACAUAGGCCAGACAUGUAUCCAAGUACAAGAAAGAUUUUGCAUAGAAGAAGAAUAUAUUCCACUGGUUAUGAUUUAUUUGAUAGACAAGUUUUUUUAUUUUAAUUUUGAACUUCUAUAUAAAUUAGCAGUACUAAAAUCACCAACUUCCUGUUCUAGUGCCAUCAUGUGAACCGUCUAACAUUUUUGCUUCUCCCUCUGUGAAAUGUAUUUGCUGUUAAAAUGAUAAAAAAUGAUAUUUUGGUCUUGACAAUUACAGAUCUCUGUCCCAUCCUGACCGGAAAUGCAUGACAGCAUGAGGACAAACAUGAGGAGGCUAGAGGCUAACACUUCUGUUUUAGCUAAAUGCCACCAUCAGCACUUAGGAAGGAAAACAUGUGAGUAAAAGGUCCUUUCAGCGUGCGGCAAAGCAGAAGUACAAGUGCAGCAUUAAACGAGCCAAAUGUUCUGAGGACCAGAGAUUUCAUGGCACAGUCAGAUGAGUGGCUGUGGUUGCACCGUUGCUUUAUGGCCUCUUACGCCUUGAUUUGUAUGAAGGGAUCAUGUGCAUGUUGAGGAAAACGGCUUCCCUUCAUGAACAAAAUUCACCAAAUCCAUGAAUAAAGCUGCAUGAGGUUUUAAACAUCAUGAGUGGCUAAAGAGCCUAAAUGAUUUCUGUCCUGGAGCGAGCACGGUGAGCUUCACUCACUGGAAACAUUUUCACUUCAAACCUCUCACAGAGACGUCUUUAUGGUCAGAGUGAAAAUCCUGUGUGUGACUUUUCAUAAGUGUUAGCGUGUAAUUACGUGCUUUUUUGAUGUGAUCCUUGCCUUAAGGUUAGCAGACGGAUGCCCAGAAGACCCAACAUUACAGCUAUUGACUGUAUCGGUCAAACUGAAAUAACCUGAACACCUAUCAGAUGGAAACACUUCCCAGUGAGUACAUGAUGCACAGUGUGACGAUCAUCUGACUCCUCCCCCACACGCCAUACAGUUUAAGUGAUUUAGGGUGAAAGUUAAGACCAUAGAGAAGCUCAUGUGAAAGGGAGAGGGCAGAGGGGUAUAAUUUUAGUUUUUAGUCAAAUGUACUCCAAGCGUAAGUCAAAAAGUCCGACGUCAGUUAACGCUUCUAAUAGUGUCUGAUUUUAACAACUAAAACGUGUUAAGACUCAUCUCUCAUUUAUCAUCAGUCAACUGUUCUGACAGGUUUUUUUGAUCGGGUUCUAUUAUUAUUUAUGUUUUUGUCCUGAAUUUAUAAAGUCUAAAGUUGGAGGUGGAGGAGAUGAAGAUUCUGAGAUCUUCACUGGGAGUGACCAGGAUGGACAGGGUCACAGAUGAGCAGAUCAGAGGGACAGUUAAGGUGGAGAUGGUUUGGACAUGUUUUGAGGAGAGACAGUGAAUAUAUUGGAGAUGGAGUUAACAGACCAGAGAAGAAGAAGAAGAGGAGGAAGAUCUCAGAGGAGGUUGGUGGAUGUGGUGGAAGAGGACAUGGCGAUGGUUGAAGUAAAAGAAGAGGAACUCCAGAGCCAAUAGGACAAUAUGUCAAUCCCAGCUGUCCUGGGUGAGGGUGAGAUACACCCUGGAGCCUAGAUUAUUGACAUUUAAAUGCAGACUAGAAUUGGGGUGGGGGGUGGGGGGGCAUUGCAGGGUACAUAAACAGACCAAGAACCAUUUACACCAAUGGGCCAUAUAAAAUGAUCAACUUAAUCCACUUAUCUGCUUGUUCUUGGGCUGUGGGUGGAACCUGGAGUCACCGGAGAACACCCACAUACACAGAGAGAACAUUCAAACUCCAUAUCAAAUCAAAUCAGUAAACCAUCUUGCUGUAGGCAACCGUUCCAAACAUAUGUGCGAGUGUGUUCGAUACCAGGUGAUCGAACACACUCGCACACUUUUUAAAAUCUUCACCCUAAUUCAAAGCGAGGUCUCGAUCACGUUAGAGUUAAACCAGAUUUUUGGUCGUAUUAAAAACACUAAUCCUUAAAACGGUAAGCAGCAAAGGACGCUCACGUCAGGAAUCCAUUACCUAGACAUACAGCAUUGUCCCUUUUUUCCCCACCAGGUGUCAGUGUUCAGCCAAUUCUUUGAAUGGGUUAUUGUAAAUAAAUUGAGUUACGAGUUAGGUGGUGUUAGGUGUCUGAGGUGAUAAGUGAGAGGGAUAGGACGAUGUCUUCAGGUCUGUUGUGAGACAAUAAUAAUAAUAAUAAUAAUAAUAAUAAUAAUAAUAAAUACAUCAAAUGUGCCACAUUAUCUUUGUAUUUUUAGGUUUUAAUUUUAUUCAAAUUAUUUUGCCCAGCAAUCUACAUCCAAUUUUGAACCUCAUUUUGACUUAUGACCCAAAAAGUUUGCCCACAUGAUCUAGCCUAAUCUCACCAUUUUAUUAACAGUUAGUUAAUUAGCUCGCUAAUUCAACCAAAUUUGUGUGGUGUUGAGCCUCAGCUAGAAUUGGUUGUGUGCUUUAAAACAACUGUUAUGGUUGAAUAUCCUGUUCUAUAACACUUAAAGCAUAAUAUUUAAAAAAUAUUGUCCUUAAGUGUGGAUGAUGUAAUGAGAUUACCACUAGUGACAUCCUCUAACCUACAGAUGACGUAGGUUUAACAGCGUCUGUCACUCCUGUGUGACAUGGGAACAUCGUGUGGUUGGUGUACUCAGUAAAAAAAAACAAAAAGAAACACCUGCAUUUCCAUUCCUUACAGUGAGUCACAUUGACUGCAGAUUAGACACACCUCAUUACUUCAACUAAACCAACUGGACUUUUACUAUUUACCCUGGCUGUUGAUGAGCUCUGAUUUAACCACUGACACAGCCUGAAGACUGGAUGCGCUGCCGUGUCUGGGUCAAGUGGACACGGACAACUCUCUGAUCUUACACACACACACACACACACACACACAAGACUCAUCCAUGGAGAUUGAAAACAUGGUGGCUAACAGUGCUCUUAUUAAAGCCAGAGAAGGUGGAGGGAGCAGAGGCAGGAGUUGGAAAUGGAAAGAAAUGCUCCGCUUUCCUCACAUCAGUCAGUGUGCAGACCUGGCUAUGAACAUUGAGCGAGAUUACCACAGUCUGUGUGUGAAGCAGCCCAUUGGAAAAAAACUGUUUCAGCUGUUUUGUCGCAGUCGCCCUGACCUGCAGAACUACAUAUCCCUCCUGGAUGCUCUGGACAUUUUUGAGACCAAGUCUGAUGAGAACAGAAAGGAUUUUGGCAUCAACAUCAUUCAGAGAUUCCUCAAGAGUCAGUCCAGUCAGUGUGCUUCCGUACUGUCCAAUCAUGAACAGAGCUGCAUCCAGAGUUUGGAGCUGGAUCCAUGUGCCGAUGUCUUUAAUGACUGCAGAGAAGACCUGCAUAAACACCUUAGUGGAGAGCCCUUCAUACAGUACCAGGACAGCAUGUUCUUUGACCGCUUUCUGCAGUGGAAAAAGCUGGAGAGGCAGCCUAUCAGCAAACAACUGUUCAGACAGUACAGACUACUUGGAAAAGGAGGGUUUGGAGAGGUGUGGGCAUGCCAAGUGCGAGCCACAGGAAUGAUGUACGCCUGCAAAAAGCUAGAAAAAACCCACGUGAAGAAGCGUCGAGGAGAAGCCAUGGCCCUCAAUGAGAAAGAGAUACUGGAGGGGCUGAACAGUCGAUUUGUGGUAAAUCUGGCGUAUGCCUAUGAGACCAAACACUUCCUUUGUAUGGUUUUAACUAUGAUGAGCGGUGGCGACCUGAGGUUUCAUAUUUAUAACGUCGGUGAGCCGGGCCUGCACAGAGACAGGGUAUGUUUCUACGCUGCAGAAGUCUGCUGUGGUUUGAUUCACCUCCACCAGAAGUCAAUAUUGUACAGAGAUCUGAAACCAGAAAAUAUCCUGUUGGAUGACAACGGAAACAUUCGGAUUUCUGACCUGGGCCUAGCUGUCAGGCUAACAGAGGGGAAGCCGGUGCGGGGCAGAGUGGGCACACUUGGCUACAUGGCUCCAGAGGUGAUUGGCCAUGAGCACUAUGGGAUGAGCGCGGACUGGUGGGGUCUCGGCUGUCUAAUUUAUGAAAUGACAGCAGGGCAGCCUCCAUUCAGGUCUCGAGGAGAACAUCCAAAAGCAUUAGAGAUGGAGCACAGAAUUCAGAAGCAACAGGAAGAAUACAAUCACAAGUUCAGCCCAGAAGUCAAAGACCUCUGCUCUCUGUUGCUGACAAAGGACCCAAAGCAGAGGUUGGGCUGCCAGGGUUUGAAGGGGAGAGAGGUGCAGUCACAUUCUUUCUUUGAAAACAUUGACUUCAGGAUGCUGGAGGCUGGACUUGUCAAGCCACCAUUCAAACCUGAUCCUAGACUGGUGUACUGUAGUGAUGUGCACGAUAUUGAGGAGUUUUCUUCAGUAAAAGGAGUAACUCUGGACCAGAAAGACAAUAACUUCUACUCCAAGUUCAACACCGGCAGCAUCCCCAUAACCUGGCAGAAUGAGAUGAUAGAGACUGGAUGCUUCAGAGAGCUGAAUAUUUUUGGUCCUGCUGGGACUCGGACCCCAGACCUGGAUUGGUCACAGAUUCCUGAGGUUCCCAAACGCAGCCUGCUGGAUCGAAUCUUUCGUAGACAUCAAAACACAGACUCAGAUGACAGCCAACACAGCCUGUUGCCCCCUGAUACCUACAUGAAGUCUGGACUCCUUAGCACGACACUUUGAGGACUGUCCUGGCAAAGACAGCCGCUGGGAAACCACUCGUCU